AAAAACAAAAUGAAUAAAGAAAUUUAAUUUGGAGUUGUUACAUAUACAAAUUCCAAAUAUUUAAUACAUCCUGUUGAAACAAAAACCCUUUUCUUUUAGCUUGUGUUCUGAUUCCUGCGUGCCUCAUUUCAAGAAUACUCGAGCCCUUUGCUGAGAUCGGCAGUCACAGGAUGGUAGCUGAAGCUGAGAUCGGCAGUCACAGGAUGGUAGCUGAAGCUGAGAUCAUGUGCACCAAAACCGUUCCUGUCAUGAACCUCAACUAUCAUCUACGCGUAGCCGAAGACCGCGAUGUGCAGAUCGAUUUGCCGCAUCCUUCUUCUUCACCUAUCUUUCCCGAGGCAGUUAAAUGUUCAGAUAUCGCUGAAGAUGCCCAUAUAGUGUCAACUGCCAUAGAUUUUGUUCCAAAUAUUCGAUCUGGUAGCUACGCGGACAUUGGAGCUCGGGAUUCCAUGGAUGAUGAACAUAUCUGCAUUGAUGAUCUGUCUACCCACCUCAGAUCUAUGUUCAAGUGUCCUGUGCCAAGUGGUUUUUAUGCUGUUUUCGAUGGUCAUGGAGGGCCUCAUGCAGCUGGCUUUAUCAAGAGGAAUGCCAUUAGAUUAUUCUUUGAAGAUGCUGAUUGGUUAAAAAUGCUGGAUAUUAGUUCUAUUUCCAUGAAAGAUUUGGAGAGUUCUCAUCGCAAAGCGUUUCUACUGGCAGAUCUUGCCUUGGCUGAUGAGCAAAGUGUUGGAAGCUCAUGUGGGACAACUGCGUUGACGGCAUUGAUUCUUGGAAGUCAUUUGCUUGUUGCAAAUGCUGGUGACUGCCGAGCGGUCCUAUGUAGGAAAGGUGUAGCAGUUCCGAUGUCUCAAGAUCACAGACCUUCUAAUUUACUCGAGCUCAAGCGAGUGGAAGCGAUGGGAGGGUUCGUAGAUGAUGGGUAUGUGAAUGGGUAUAUUUCAGUAACGAGAACCUUGGGGGAUUGGGACCUGAAAUUGCCAAAUGGCUCCUCAUCACCUCUGAUUUCUGAGCCACAAGUGGAGCAUGCUAUUUUAACGAACGAUGACGAGUUCUUGAUCCUUGGCUGUGAUGGGAUUUGGGACGUAAUGUCAAGCCAAUACGCCGUCAGUCUUGUUCGACGUGGGUUGAGGAAGCACAAUGACCCUCAUCAAAGUUCCCAAGAGUUAGUCUUGGAAGCCUUGCGCCUCAACACAUCAGAUAACCUUACUGCAAUAGUAAUCUGCCUUGCUUCUCCCAGCUGCAUUCCUCAGCAGCGGAUAUGGAAGCCGCGUAGUCUGACCGAAGAGGCGAGAAGUAGGUUGAGGAGCUUGUUAGAAGGAAACUGAGUAUAGCAUUUGAAGUUCAAUCAAUUCUUGCCUGUUUGUGACUGCUUCAGACGCAAAAAAAGCAGCCAGCAAUUUUGUAGGGAUACAAAGAAAUAGGUUGAGUGGAUAGUUUUGGAUGGUACUUUUUGAGAUGAGUGUGCGGCUUUGAUUUGUCAAUUAGAGUUUGGAAGGAAGGAUUGGUUCGGGCAUUAUUUGUGUAAAGUAAUAAAUGAGAAGAGAAGCCCUAAUUUCAAGUCUUAAGCCUGCCCUUGUUUUGUUUGGUUAAAGUAUUUUGUGUUUCUUUGGGUUUUUAGUUGAACGAACAAGCAAGCAUAUGUAGAAUUGCAUAAAACAAUGGUGCCAAUGCAUUUUGUUUCUCUUCUUCAA